AUGGAUAUGCCCACGAAUGGGCAUAGCGGGCGGUCAAAAAUAAACUACGUUGAUAUCGUUGUCUGCAGAGAGCUUCUUGAUACGAGAAUGCAUCAUCAUGCGGCAGUCGAAGGUAAUACGAGGAGGAUAGGUGCUGAAACCACCAGCCAGAAUUCCACGUAUCUAAUAUUGGCUGCAAAUAGAACCCACCGGAAAGAUCCUACUGACAGCUUCAAUUACUACACUGGCGGUUGGAACAUUACCAAUCCACAUUACAUAUUUCUACUGGCCCUUUCGUCUUUGCUGUUGUAUGGUUCAUAUUCUUCGCAGUAUUCCUGCUUUGCUUCUGCUGUCGUUGUUGCUUCUGCAGCAGAAACAGUUACGGCUAUUCUCGAACUGCCUAUGCUAGGUGGAAUUGCUUUUGUUUUCGCGGGCCAAGACAAAUUCCAGGACAGCAUUGUGAACACAACCAGCUUUGUUUUGCACGAGGCAGAUGAUGUCAUUGUGAAGCUGGGAGACGUGCUUCAUGAUCUUCUGGCCGCGAAGAAUAGUAGUGUUGGACGAGCAGUCUUACCUGAUGAUUUAAAGGCUAAUAUUGAUAGUACUGGAAAAACGAUUAAUGCUGUAACUGCUCAAUUUCGGAAUAUCACCACAAAGAAUUCGCAGGACAUUCGCAGUUUGUUGAGUCCCCUGUACUAUCCCGAGAUUGAUGUUGAUUUACGUUGCUUCUGCUUUGCUCAUCUUGGCAGUCCUCGGAUUCUUGCCGUUGCAGACACAUGCGUAGCCUUGGACGAAUGGCUUCAGAAUCCAACUGCCCAUUCAGCCCUUGAAGCAAUAAUCCCCCAAGUAGAUAAUCAAACUGCUCAAGAGAUCUCCUCAGUGACAAAGGGUGUUACUUUCGGCGUGGUCGAAAUGCUUAAUGGAAUAAUUACCAACGUCUCCAACGCGGAUGUUCCCCCAGAUGUUGGCCCCCCCUUAUACUUCCACCAAAAUGGCCCCUUGGUCCCUGUUGCUUGCAACCCAUACGACUCCAAUUUGACCGACAGGAAAUGUGCAGAUGGCGAAGUCAGCUUGAAGGAUGCACCGCAGGUAUGGAAGAAGUAUGUUUGUCAAGUUUCUGGUGGGAUAUGCAGAUCACCGGGCAGAAUAACUCCUGAUAAUUACGACCAGCUGGCUAGCACGGCAAAUAUCAGCUAUGCUUUAUACGAGGACACGCCAUUUGUGGUGGACUUGAUAGACUCCACGUAUCUGAAAGAAUUGUUUGGUGAUAUUAGUAGAGAUUACUGCCCAGGUUUGAGCAAAUUUACCAGUUGGAUGUACCUUGGCUUCAUCUCUUCCUCAGUUGCGGUAAUGUUAUCAUUGCUGAUAUGGAUAUUCUACGCCAGAGAGCGAAGGCACCGUGCAUACACCAAAAAGGUUGACAGCAGAUCCUCAGCUGAAAACCUUUUUGCUUCCUGA